UCUAAGAAUAUUACACAGCAUGGACUUUAUGUAAAUAUCGUUACAGCAAGAUGUGAAUUGACCCAGGAGAAAAUACCGACUGAGACCAAAGACGACAUGUUGGUUCGAAACAUGAGAGAUGGGACCCCUCACACCACCGGCCGUGCCAAGGUGUCCCAUGCAGUUGUGGUCAUCUUUCUAGAGUUCUUUGCUUGGGGGCUGCUUACAACACCAAUGCUGACUGUUCUUCAUGAAACAUUCCCCCAGCACACAUUUCUCAUGAAUGGUCUGAUUCAAGGUGUUAAGGGGUUGCUGUCUUUCCUGAGUGCCCCUCUGAUAGGUGCCUUAUCAGAUGUUUGGGGCAGGAAGUCCUUCCUGCUGGUUACAGUGUUCUUCACCUGUGCCCCAAUCCCCCUAAUGAGGAUAAGCCCAUGGUGGUAUUUUGCCAUGAUAUCAGUCUCUGGUGUCUUCGCUGUGACUUUCUCUGUAAUAUUUGCAUAUGUUGCUGACAUCACUGAAGAACAUGAAAGAAGCACCGCAUAUGGACUGGUGUCAGCAACGUUUGCCGCCAGUUUGGUCACGAGUCCCGCCAUCGGUGCCUACCUUUCUGCAAAUUACGGCGACAGUUUGGUGGUGCUAGUGGCCACUAUCAUCGCAGUGGUGGAUAUCGCCUUUGUCCUUUUGGUUGUGCCAGAAUCUCUCCCAGACAAAAUGAGACUGACGUCCUGGGGGUCGCCUAUCUCCUGGGAGCAAGCUGACCCCUUUGCUUCUCUUAGGCGAGUGGGAAAGGACCCGACAGUGUUGCUUAUAUGUGUCACAGUGUUCCUGUCCUACUUGCCAGAGGCAGGCCAGUACUCCAGUUUCUUCCUCUACCUGCGACAGGUUAUUGAAUUCUCGCCUGCGGCAAUUGCUGCUUUUAUAGCAAUGGUCGGGAUCCUCUCUAUUAUCGCUCAGACAUUGCUCUUAACCUAUUUUAUGAGAACUAUUGGAAAUAAAAACACAGUGUUACUUGGACUGGGGUUUCAGCUGUUCCAGUUAGCCUGGUAUGGCUUUGGAUCAGAACCAUGGAUGAUGUGGGCUGCGGGUACAGUCGCAGCCAUGUCCAGUAUCACCUUCCCUGCAGUCAGUGCUUUGGUGUCCCGGAUAGCAGCCUCUGAUCAGCAAGGAUGUGUCCAGGGAAUGAUUACGGGUAUCAGAGGCCUAUGCAAUGGGCUGGGUCCAGCUCUGUACGGCUUCAUAUUCUUCCUGUUCAACGUGGAGCUGAACGAGCUUGACCCUAUAACAGGAAGAAACAAAAGCACAUCUCAGGAGCCCAGUGAGAAACCGACCAUUCCCGGUCCGCCCUUCCUGUUCGGAGCCUGUUUAGUGUUGCUGGCUCUCCUUGUGGCCAUCUUCAUCCCUGACCACCACAGUAUGGCAGUGAAGACCUACACGGACACGCGCAAAAUCAGCACCAGCAACAACCUCCAGAGUUUAAACCCCCUGCCUGCCAGCGAAGAGGACAUAGAGCCUCUCCUGCAGGACAGCAGCAUGUGACUGUCUGAAAGAGACUCCAACAUGAGCCCCCCUAAUGGCCCCUAAACUACAACCUCAACCAGCAGCAGCCGACAUGGAGCCAUGCCGGGUAUAUCCUUCAACCACGUUGAACACAGUUCUGUUUCUAUGAUUAGGGAUCGGUCUUUUGUCCAGCGAGAUGGUUUUAUCGUUUACUGUGAUUUUACAUUGCGACAAGGACAGAAACACUUCUUAAUGCACCGGGUUGAGUGACAAUGUGUUUUGGUGUCAAACAUUGGCCUAGACAGUGUUUGUGGAGUUGAAGAGAUGACCGUAAGCUCUGCUGGUUUCUCAUAUGCUUAAAGAACUCCCCUCCUAUUAAUGGGUUUAAAAUGCCAAUCAAUGCCCACUCCAGCUUUAUGUUAAUAAAAUAUUGACCUGUAUCUCAUCAAAGUUACUGUGCAAUCUAGAUUGUAAACGGAUUGGUGUAUAGUUAGGUAAAUACACUACAUGACAAAGUAUGUGGACACCUGCUCUUAGACCAUCUCAUUCCAAAAUCAUGGGCAUUAAUGUGAAAGUCACUGAGCUCUUCAGUAAGGACAUUCUACAGCCAAUGUUUGUCUAUGGAGAUUGCAUGGCGGUGUGCUUGAUUUUAUACACCUAUCAGCAACGGGUGUGGCUGAAAUAGUCGUAUCCACUAAUUUGAAGGGGUGUCCACAUGCUUUUGUGUAUAUAUAGUGUAUGCACCUUAAAGGUGAUGCAAUUUAUUAUAAAUGCUGUGCCAUAUAUAUUUUUUUUUUUUUUUGCCUUUUGUCAUGCAUUGUUGAAUCAGCCGAGUGAGACUUGACUUGGACUUGAAUGUUACAGAAAUAGUUGCUGAAAGAGUUGAACAUGACAUUCCAAAUAUGCCUAUCCACCCUACAAAUCCCAACCUGAGUAUAUUGUCAGCUACCUCAAAUUUUUACCUCUUCAUAAGAUGUAAAUUAAAGACAAAUCUUGGCCCCCUGAUUUGGUAUAGCUUCUCAUAACCUAUAAAAACUAAAUCAUCACUUUUACAGGAACUGUUACCUUUUACAUCUGAGUGUUAGUUCUUGUGUUGCAUAAAGGUCUGGUGGGAUUGUGGCUACCCGUGACGUAUUAAUGGAUUAACUUGAGACCCACAGUACAGUUGUACUCCUCAGUUUUUAACUUGAGACUUUAACAUUUUAACUGCCAAUCCUGAAUUGAUAUUAAAACCGUGAUAAUGGCAUAUUGUGGUACUUUAAAAAUGUAUUUUCAGAGUACAGUUGUUUGGCCUCAUAACUAUUGCAACUAGUUGGAAAGUGCUUUUUUGUGGUAUGGUACAGGUAACUGUCAAAAUAAAGGAUACACUUGAGUAAA